GAUACGGCAGCUCGCAGAAGUUAUCGAACAAGUUGUACAAGGAGGCACGUGCAGGAGCGUUUUGAAAAAAAAUAAACAAUAUCAUUCUGCUACUAUUCCUGCUCAUAAGUACGUAUCUACAGCCAAGCGAAAAAGUUCUACAAGAAACCCAGUGUCGUGUAAAAAAGCUGCAAAAUGCCAAAGGCAACCACAUACGCGGUCACUAAGCCCCAAGGCAACAACAAAAAGAAGAAAACGGAAAAUAACGGCACAGCUAAAGACAAGAAGAAGCCCAAUCUAGAUAUAGAAACUACUGAUUCCGAUUCUGAUAUGCACAUCGACGUGACCAAGGGUCCAUCAACAUCCAGCAACGCAGCCGCCAAAACCGCAGAUCGCAAGCGACGUCUUCAGGCCGAGGCGGACGCCAACAAUAAUGAUACCGAAAAAGCCAGUAAGUUGGCCAAGGAAUCGGUAGCUACUACUGAUAUGCACCUCGACGUGACCAAGGAGCAGAUGGAGCAUUGCAAGAAGGUGCAGGCCCUUUUGGCCAAUGAAUCCAAAGGCGCUGAAAAGGAAUCUAAAGCAUUAGACUAUGGCACCGGUCCAUCAACAUCCAGCAAGGAAGCCGCAGCCGCCAAGACCGCAGAUCACGAACGACGUCUUCAGGCCGAGGCGGACGUCAACAAUAAUGAUGCCGAAAAAGCCGGUCAGUUGGCCAAGGAAUCGGUAGCUACUCAAGGAGCCAGCGCCACCGAACGCAAGCAAGCAUUUAGUCUGGGACUGGAGCACACCUCGCCGAUCCAGGUUAAUGGCGCUGCUUUGGCCUGCCCGUUGGUGCGCAAAUCGCUGCCCCCAGGGGAGGCCAAUUCCUGUCCUCCGCCGCCCAAAAGGGACCCAGCAGCCGUGAAGUCAGCAGUUAAAAUAAUUAAGGUUAAAGCCCCCGAAGAGGGCAAUAAUAACAAUGAUGAAAAGGAGAUGUCAACCGAAACAUCAGAACCUCACAAAACCGACAGCGUCGAAGAGGGUCGUCGCGUCGUGAUGUGGAUAAUCUUUCCGAUCAAAACUAACUUCUUCUUUAAAUACUUCUGGGAGCAAACCGCCUGCCUGGUGCAGCGCACGAAUCCCAAAUAUUUUCAAAGUCUAAUAUCAUUCAAGAUGCUUGACGAAAUACUGAUUCGCCAUAAUUUGGACUUCACCGUCAACCUUGAUGUGACCACUUACAAGAACGGCAAGCGUGAGACACUGAAUCCUGAGGGUCGUGCCUUGCCACCAGCUGUGUGGGGCUUUUAUUCGGAAGGCUGCAGCAUUCGUUUACUACAUGCUUCUGCCUAUCUAACUCGCUUGCGUGAGGUGUGCACCGUUUUGCAGGAGUUCUUUCAUUGCAAGGUGGAGGCAAAUAUGUACCUAACCCCACCCAAUAGCCAGGGCUUUGCGCCCCAUUACGAUGACAUCGAGGCCUUCGUUAUCCAAGUGGAGGGACGCAAGCGCUGGCUUUUGUACGAUCCGCCCAAGGAGGCCGAUCAUCUGGCCAGGAUCUCGUCGGGCAACUAUAAUCAAGAACAGCUGGGUAAGCCCAUAAUUGAUGAGGUACUAAGCGCCGGCGAUGUGCUAUAUUUGCCCAGAGGCACCGUUCACCAGGCCAUCACCGAGGAGCAACAGCACUCUCUGCACAUUACCUUGAGUGUGUACCAACAGCAGGCAUAUGCCAAUCUCCUAGAGACACUAAUGCCCAUGGUUCUCAAGAAGGCCGUCGAUCGGAGUGUGGCCUUGCGUCGUGGCUUGCCGCUGCACACAUUUCAAAUUUUGGGCAAUGCCUACAAGGCAAAUGACUGCGGGUCGCGCCAACUUCUGGUGGAGAAUGUGCAGAAGCUGGUGGCCAAAUACUUGAUGCCCUCCGAAGAUGAUAUUGAUGAGGCCGUCGACCAGAUGGCCAAGAAGUUCCAGCACGAGGCACUUCCACCGAUCGUAUUGCCCUCGGAGGAGGUCCGCACUGUUCAUGGGGCCCGCAGUGGCGCCGAUGAUCAGGGCAACUGCGUCUGCGAUUACAAAUUCAAUGAAAAGACAUCCGUGCGUCUGCUGCGCGCCAACAUUCUGCGUCUGGUCACCGAGCCCGAUGGCAGCGUGCGUAUCUACCACCAUGUGGACAAUGGACUGGAUUACUGCAAGUACGAGCCCUAUUUCAUGGAGAUUCUGCCAGAGGAAGCUAAAGCCGUUGAACUCCUCAUAUCGGCCUAUCCAUAUUACCUCACCAUUGACCAGUUGCCAUUGAAGUCUUCGGCUCGCAAGGUGGAGGUCGCCACCGCCCUGUGGGAGCAUGGUCUUCUUAUGACCGAGAAGCCGUUUAAGUAGACGGCAAUCGAAGGCGAGGUGCUGUUGAUAACUAGUAUUUAGUAUCGAUGCGAAUGUGUGCCUAAAAAACCACCGUAAAUUAUUACUUUUGUAUAAAUAUUUACCAAGAUUUCUAAUGCUCCAAUUCUGAAGAAAUAAAAGCAUAAGCAGAUGCAAUCCAGCUGCGCCUGAAG